AUGAACUAUGGAGCUGGACCAUCACACCUACCAUCUUCUUCUUCUUCUUCUUCUGAUGACGAAACAUUUUCUCAUUACGUUGAACAAUGGGAGGAGGAUAUGAAACAAUGGGAGGAGGAGGAUGAAAUCUUAGCUCGUCUAUAUGUCGCUAACAAUAAAAUAAUGGCUUAUUUCUCUAAAGAGGAAGAGAGGCCAAAACGUAUCGGCUCAGUUCCUGGUCAUUUGGUAAUCAACCGUGGGAGGGAAGAAGGUAAUUCUCGACUCUACAAUGACUAUUUUUCUAAUAAUCCCACAUACGGUGCAAAUUUAUUUCGUAGAAGAUUCCGAAUGCAAAGGAGCCUUUUCCUUCGUAUCGUCGACGCUGUACGAGAGCACGAUAACUAUUUCGUACAGAAGGUGGAUGGUGUCGGUCGGCUUGGACUAUCUACUUUACAAAAAGUAACAGCAGCAUUUCGCAUGUUGGCAUAUGGUGCACCAGCAGAUAGUACCGACGAAUAUGUAAGGAUUGGUGAGUCAACUGUAAUUGAAUGUUUGUGUCCAACAGCAUGGGCGGGACAAUACUCAGGACGUCACGGAGGCCCAACCAUUAUUCUUGAGGCAAUAGCAUCGUAUGACCUAUGGAUAUGGCAUGCAUUGGGAAGUCUAGACUGUAUGCAUUGGGAAUGGAAAAACUGUCCAACAGCAUGGGCGGGACAAUACUCAGGACGUCACGGAGGCCCAACCAUUAUUCUUGAGGCAGUAGCAUCGUAUGACCUAUGGAUAUGGCAUGCAUUCUUUGGCUUGCCAGGUUCUAAUAACGAUAUUAAUGUAUUACAAGCAUCUAAUUUGUUUGACAACCUAACGCAAGGUAUUACUCCUCCUGCUCAUUAUACAAUUCAAGGAAAGAAUUAUGAUGUCGGUUAUUAUUUAGCCGAUGGCAUAUACCCGAAAUGGCCAACCCUUGUUCAAACCAUUUCCAAAUCCGAAGAUAAAAAGAAACAAUAUUUUGCAAUGAUGCAAGAAGCUUGUCGAAAAGAUGUGGAGCGAGCGUUUGGUGUUCUCCAGUCAAGAUUUGCUAUAAUCAAGGGCCCUGCACGGUUUUGGGAUAAACGAACUUUGCAUGAUAUCAUGACCACUUGCAUAAUAAUGCACAACAUGAUUAUUGAGGAUGAACGUGAUGAGCAAGAAGAUAUUAUCGUUUCUACUCCACCAUCAAUUUCAAAUGUUGAAGACAUAGGGAUGACCCGACAUAAGAAAUUCAAAGACAAAGAAGCACACUUCGCACUUCGAAAUGCAUUAAUUGAACAUUUGUGGGAGAGACACGGCAAUGAAGUGAUGUAA